AUGAGCGGCGGCGGCGAGAACGCGCAGUUCGGCGCCACCGCCGCAAUGGUCGCCGCGGCCACCACGGCCGCGAUGCAGGACUCGCAGCCUUUCUCGCAGAUGCAAAACAACAUGACUAUGGGCAAUCCCCAAUAUGGCGCGAUGAACGGCUACGGUCAACAGCGCAGCCAUAACCCGGGUAUGACCGGGAUGGGGAUGGGAGGCAACGGUGGGAUGAAUGGUAUGACCGGCAUGAGCCAGAUGGGUAACGCUGGCAUGAAUAGCAUGAACCCUAUGGCGCAAAUGGCAAACAUGGGCAUGCACGCCAAUAUGAUGCCCUCACAGAUGGGGCCUGGACAAAUGGGCAGCUCGGCGAAAAUGGGACCGAGUUACCAAAGGCGACAUACGCCCUACCCUUCGGGUACUAUGCUUAUGGGUCAGCGAAAAACGCAGUACAUAAAUGCGCAACCCGGAUUUGGGCCAAAUCAGUACCCAGCAGGCUACGGUGGCAGACCGGGCUUUCAGGGGCAAUACCCACCCCAGCAGCCGCUAGGACCUAGCGGGAACUUCGGGGCAGCUAUGAGAGGAACAAUGAGGCAGUCGACGCCGCCAUACUCGAAUCAAGGGCAAUACUUUAACGGCGGUGUUCCGAACCAGUUCCCACAACACCAGAGCAGUAACGCGCAGUACGGUGGACAAUACGGCGGGCAAUUCGCACAAGAAGUGGCCAUGCGAACGAACAUGAGCUAUCAGCACAGUCCUGUUCCUGGCAACCCUACUCCACCUCUUACGCCUGCUAGCAGUAUGCCUCCGUACAUCAGUCCCAAUGCCGAUGUAAAACCGCACUUCAAUGAGCUAAAACCACAAAUGGGCAUGCAAAAUGACGAGCUCCGGUUAACAUUCCCCGUAAGAGAUGGUAUUAUACUACCACCAUUUAGAUUAGAACAUAAUUUAGCAGUUAGCAAUCAUGUAUUUCAAUUAAAACCCACGGUCCAUUCAACGUUAAUAUGGAGAUCGGACCUUGAGUUGCAAUUAAAAUGCUUCCACCACGAGGAUAGGCAGAUGAACACCAACUGGCCGGCGAGUGUUCAAGUGUCGGUCAACGCCACUCCAUUAGUUAUAGAUAGAGGAGAGAACAAAACAUCACACAAACCAUUGUACCUGAAAGAAGUGUGCCAGCCCGGCAGAAACACGAUACAAAUUACUGUAUCCGCCUGCUGUUGUUCACAUCUGUUCGUAUUACAAUUAGUCCACCGGCCGAGCGUACGAAGUGUGCUGCAAGGUUUAUUAAGGAAGCGCCUGUUAACUGCGGAUCAUUGCAUCGCCAAGAUAAAGAUGAACUUCAACCAGACGCCGACGAAUGGCAGCAAUGGGUCCAACACAGCUAACGACCGGGACGGCAUAGAACAAACAGCGUUAAAAGUAUCGCUGAAGUGUCCAAUAACAUUUAAAAAGAUCACGCUACCGGCACGUGGGCAUGAAUGCAAACACAUACAAUGCUUUGAUCUCGAGUCUUAUUUACAACUGAACUGUGAACGAGGGUCAUGGAGGUGUCCGGUUUGCAACAAACCGGCGCAGUUAGAAGGACUAGAAGUCGACCAAUACAUGUGGGGUAUUCUCAACACGUUGAACAGUUCUGACGUCGAUGAAGUCACAAUCGACAGCGGCGCGAACUGGAAGGCGACUAAGAUCACCAAUAAUACUGGCAUUAAGCAAGAAGAAGACAGUAGUGAUGGAAGCUUAGGAAAACGAAGCAAGGCAGUAUCGCCGGGCUCUAUGAACAUGCCUACAAUGAACAACUGGGACAUGAAUCAAGCCCUCUCUCCUUAUCUCCCGCCUGAUAUGAACACAAUCGCCAGUGGCUCUAUGAUCUCCUCAUACAACCAGAACGGACAAAACAGAAACUCAAGUUCGAACAAUCAGAAUUACGACUUCGGGAUGACCAACGGACCCGGUAGCAACGAGUUCGCUGGGAACGGACCUCUGUCGCAUCUCAACGACAGCGUCAACUCUUUGGAUCCACUCAACGCGAUGGAGAAGAGUCUAAACGAUCAGAUGCCACACACACCCCAUACGCCGCACACGCCGGGCUCGGCCCACACGCCGGGCGGCGGCGGCGCGCACACGCCGGGCUCAUCGCACACGCCGGGACCGCCGUCAGUCGACCACCACUCGCUCACCGACGUCGACAUCCCAGCUGACCUAAACUUUGACCCCGCAGCGGUUAUAGAUGGGGAAGGCACUGAUAAUCUCAACUUAUUGCCGGAGACGAGUGUGGAUCCAAUGGAGUUACUGUCGUACUUAGACGCGCCAGCGCUUGGAGAGCUGCUAGCAACGCCACCGUCGUCAUCGUCAUCGGCGGGAAGUCACCCGCCCAGAGCACCCUCCUCCGAUGACCUUUUGGCAUUGUUCGAGUGAACGGCGACAGAUUACCAGGACGAGUGAAACCUGUCGAGACGUACGUAGACGGGUUUACAUAUAGAAUUGUCAAUUACAACAAAAUUACAAACUACUGGAAUUAGAAAAAUUUACAUCGAAACGUUACUUUUCGAUUAUCUUCCACCAUAGUUUAAUUUGUCAUUCGUCUUACGAAAUUAAAAUCUCUCCGAUAAUAUCUUACUCCGUCUACGUAACUUGCUUGUUACACAAGUUCCGGAAUUUGUUCGUCUGAGUCAAACUAGGCGCUUGUUCAACUCGCAUUCAAGCCAGGAGCCCGAUAUUGUGAUAUUAGAUUUUAGUUCCUUCUCCACUCGUCGCUGUGUUCAAUAUCACAGAGCUUUCGAACAGUAGAUACUACCAGAAUCUCUGUCACCUUGUAAAGGUGUUAUCGUCUCGUAGAAGUUCGAACAGACCUGCCGUGCCGAACACAGCGGUGAGCCGAGACAUCGAUUGUUGAAACAAUGGUGUUGGAGAACAUUUAUUAGGUAUAUAAGUAAAGUAUUGGAGGCGAACGGCCAUAGACACUGCGGUGUUGUGCAUGUAUAGUUCCUCGCACCGCCGCACAUACGGUGGCGCUACUGAGCUCCUUUAAAUAUUCUAAACUCUAGCAUAAACUGUAACACAAAUUUUCAUCAAUAAUUCAACUUCUUAUUCGAAUAACUGUAAUCGAUUAGAGUUUUUUGAUUUGUGUCCAUAAUUUGUGAAUAGUUGACCGGGUGUAAAUAAUAAAGAGGAGUUAUUUUAUUUGUGCUAGUUGUUUUGUGUACUGUGGGCGGGGCUGGGCGGCUCCUUGUACGUAUAGGCUAAGCGCGAGCGCGUCCGGCCCGUCCGGGGGCAUUGUGAAUCUUAUAGUUCCUAUUGGAUGCGAGCGAACUAUAAUGUUCAAUUGCCAUUUACUGUAAACAUAUUCCUUCAAGUUUUCGCAUAUUCUGCAUUUUUAAAUGGUAAGAUAUGAUAGGAUUCGUGAGUAUAACGCUACUCGCUUUUGGGUGAUAUAUUCUAAAUGAGUUGUUUUAAAUCAACAAAUAAAUGGUAACAAAUUAGUUACAAAGUAUAUUGUAAAUGUGAGUGCAAAAAUGAACUCUGUUAAAUUAUUUUGCGUUAUGUGAAUCGAAGAAUGAUAGAAAUAUAUUUUAAUUUCUAUAUAGUAAUGAACUGUAUUAUUUGUAAAUAUGAAUUUAGAUAAGAAUAUUAUAUUACCUAGUUAUAUAUAGGAGAAGAACAUGGCAGAUACUUAUAUGACGGCCAGUUUAGUAUAGUAUUACUAAAUUAAAGAAAAAUCUACACAUGGUUUUACAUGUAAAUACAAAAUUACCAUACCUAUUAUACAAGUCCGUGCGUUUGGAGCCCAGUACAGUAAGCUACCAACACUUAAGCUAAAUGUUGAGUCUCUUCCUUGUUACUAUACUUUCAAUUCCCUCUCUUAUCAGUAUUUGCACUAUCAUUAAUGUUUUCAGUUCUUCUAUAAGCAUUAAUGACCUUUAUUAGUAAUAUUGAACUAGUCCCUUGAUAUUGCAAUUAUUUUGUACAGAUGUUCCUUAACUUGAGUUUGAAUAAGUAAGAAUAUUUAUAAUUUGAUUCCUUGACCAUGUAAUAUUAUGUCACACUAGCACAAGAGUAUCUUGCUUGCAAUUUUAUAUUUAUUAUAGAUUUCAUAUUAUCAUCUAAGUUAAUGUUGAUAGUACUGUAUUUGUGCUCUCAAACGUUUCUCUAUUUACAAGUGCAAACCGCAAAUAACAUUAUAGUAAAAUAUGUUACAUCUAUGCUCAUCUUAUUUUUGUUUCGUUAUGCCCACCUCAGAUACACAACAAGCAAUAAUAAUGAAGUGCUUAUAAAGUAAAGUUUAUUUAACAUAGAUAAAAACAUUAUUUUAAAGUAUUUAUACAUAUAUAAAUAUAGGAAUAAAAAUUGCGAUGAGCAUCGAAUUGACAAAAUCUAAUUUCACGUAUUUUCAAAUGUUUGGUUCCAUUUAAAUAUUUUAAGUACUUAAUGCGCAAUUAAAAGAAACUAUUGUCAAGAUUGUUUUAUACAUACAUAUAUUUAGAGUAAUUGUCAGCGCAAAUUGUCAAAAAUCGUUUCUAAAUGGAAUUAAGUUCCCGAAAAAUUUAUCAUUAUCUCAUGACACCAUUAUUCAUUUAGGUAUUGUAAAAUUUUCAAACAUUAACUUACUGUUAAUCAAGUCUUAAAUAAACAGUUUAUGAGAUACCCUUAGAGAUGUAUAUGAAACUGUUGGUUCUUCCACAAUCCUAUGUAAAUUGAUGAUUUGCGCAUCUUUACUUCAUGCUAUGAAUAUGGACGCCUCUUUAGAGUUAGUCAAACUAUUACGAAAAACAAUAAAAUUAGUAUUAUACAAAGCCGUGGUCAAUUAUUCAAACAAAAAGUUCGUUUUCGAAUAAUAGUCAAGUUUUUAAUGUUAUUUGUUUGUGGCUGAGUGGAAACAUCGCCCGGCACAAACCAUUUGUGUGUCUAGUUGAUCACAGCUUUAGCAUAAAUUACAUAAUUUUAAGGGACCUUCAAUUCCAGUUAGCUAGAUCUAUUUAUUGUAGUGAAUAUUGCUGUUGGAUGGAUCAUCAUAUUGAUUUUUGUAUGACCAAAUAGUAAUUUUUUACACAUACCUAUUUUAGGUAAUUUAAAGUAACUAAUUUCUUUAUAUAAAAAUUUGAAAAUAUCACAAAAAAUUUAUAGCAUAUCACGUUAUAAAAAAAAAACAAAAAUCGAAUUGAAUGAUUCAUCUAAGCAAGUAAAUGAUUACAAUAUUAUAUAUUUUGUUGAAUAUUAUAAUGAACUGCUGUGAAGUAGAUUUUGUGCUCGUACAAAUAUAAGCAGCAUUUGGAAAUAAGUGAAAAAGAAUUCUAAAUAAGGUAACAUGCGACCCAUGACUCUGAAGUUAAUGCAAAGCCAAACUGUACUGUAGCAUAUUUAAUAUUUUGAACUCUAUGUGAACAUUUUAGCAAUCAGGUUGGUACCCACUGAAUUCAUUUCAAAAUGUGUAAAAUGAAAAAACAUAACAUUUUUAUGUUAUUGAAAAUAAAAUAAAUCUAAAAAUUA